AUGGAAGGCCUGAACGAAGAUAUAGAGGGACAGAAUUUGUCAAAACACAGAUACAAGAAAAACACCCUGUCGCAAGCGGCGAAGGAAGGAGAUGCAUCCGCGGUAGAAUUAUUGCUCAGAUCUACCGAGAUCGACCCGAAUGUGCGCGACGAAGAAGGCCGGACGCCGCUGUCGGUGGCUGCGUUGCAUGGUCAUGAAAAGAUCGUCAAGGUUUUGCUACAAAACGAUAAAGUAGAUCCAGACUCAAGAGAUGAUCGAGGUCGGACGCCUCUAUCGCACGCGGCAUUGUCUGGGCACGAGGCGGUUGUGAGGUUGUUCCUGGAUGACGAGAGAGUGGACCCGAACUUGAAAGACACAACAGGCAACAAUCCUUUCUCCCGCGUUGUCCGGGACGGCACAAGGCCUAUCGUGAUAGCGAAGAUGUUGUUAGAAUCAGGCAAAUUCAAUCUCGAUCCAAAGGAUGGAGACGAUUCACCGCUGUGGUCAGUCGUCCUACGUGGAGAUAGAGCACUCAUGAGAAUGCUUCUUGAAGCGGCCCAAUUUGAGUUCAAGAAAAGAGACGCGUCGUUUGGUCAACAACUGUUGAUGACUACUGUAGAAUUGGACCGCAAGAGAAUCCUCGAGGCGCUAUUGAAGUGCAGUCAGGCGGACCCAAAUUUCGAGGAAGAAGAGGGAAUGACACCACUGGUUUGCGCAAUGGAGCAUGAACAUCUUGUGAUGAGCAGCAUGAAGGGAAUUGCAGACAGGCGCUCUUCGGACAUCGAGAAUCUCAUCGAAGGCCUCAUUGGGUCAUCGACACAGCAAGAGGUUGCUUGGUUCCGGGAUGACGAGUACACUCGCAAAGAGGUGGAAAGCAUGGGAGACAUAUACUCUGGCGCGUAUAUGACUAUCAUUGCAGCAAAGACCUCUGGAAGACUAAACACAAGAAAAGUUAAACGUCGUGAAAGCAUCCUUGGCAAGAGCCUCGUUCAGACACUAUAUGAGAGAUUACUUAUGUCUAAAUGGGCCACACGUGGUUGGACUUUUCAAGAGCAAAUGCUCUCGAUUAGAUCCGUCAUAUUUGUUGAAGGAGAGACUUUCUGGGACUGCCAGGAAUGUACUUGGAGUGGAGAUGACUUGACGCCAGAAUCACAUCCAAACAAAGCCUUGGUCAGGCCGUACUACGAAGCUGCACGUCGAAUGGCAACCAUAUCCUGGCCAGAUUUUGCCAUGUACAUCGAGAUCGUGGGCCUAUACAAUAGUAGGGACCUGACAUAUCCACAGGAUGCCCUGCCAGCAAUUUCUGGUGUUCUGAAUACCCUGACGCGAACCUUUCCGUCAGGCUUCCUAUGCGGGUUACCGCGCAUGUUUUUGGAUGCCGCCCUGUUAUGGCAACCAUUCAGCAAAGCGGAAACGGCGUGUAGCAAAAGAUGGAGCAGCUAUCGCACCAAAUCAACAUCUGCCUUCGUGGUCAUGGUGUGGUUGGCACUGUCCAAUCGACCCCUUCAAUUUACGUUGCAUGACCCCCUAUGUGAACGAAGGUACCGGAGAAGUUCAACUAUCAACCUGGAAAACGCAUUCACUAGUACAGUGGAAUGGUCGCAAAAGGACUCAAAACACACAUCUGAAGCUUUUGCUCAUGUCCAAAAUUUGAGUCAUGACAAUGCUGGUAUCACCACCUACACAACGCUCCAGAACACAUGGCCGUACCUUUCUUGUCUGACAACACGAACGUUUCUCCGCAUAAAAACGCUGCUCAAGGCCGACCGGGAGCGAGCUAGUGAUUAUCAAUUAUUGAUAAUGCGUUUACCAAUCUUCCAACUUCCAAGAUUCUCAACCGUCUCCGAGCUCAAGGAUAUAUGCCAUCUUAUAUCCUUAGAGGACAAACAUAAGGCUUCAGCUGGGGUACUUCGCCUCAUGGACAGAGCCGAAGUAAAACCAGGUGACACAAUCGAACUUGUGGCAAUAUCGACCGGCACCAUCAAGGCAAGAGACCUGGGAAACAAAGAGCUGGGUUGGAUGUUCAACCACACAAGGAAGUCUGAGACUGAUGGAACAUGGUCUUCUGAGCUUCGAGAACUCAGAAAAGAGGUACUACAGUACGGUGUAGAGAAAUCCGGGUAUAAAAAACCCCCAGACAGGCUAAAAGAACCACACACCAGGCUCGAAGAUUCUGACUUAGAAUAUAACUUCUACAACGUCCUGUGGAUCGAACGUAAAGGCGAAAUCGCAUACCGACGGGCAGCAGGACGUGUACCAGAAGUCAUUUGGGAAGCAAACUGCACCGAGCCAUCCCAACUGAUCCUUGGCUGA